CCGCAGCUGACCGUCAAUCAUUUUCAAAUGGGAUUUCAAUGAGAUCUCACGUUAAGUUAUAGAGGAAAAUUUGUGUGAAAUCGAACUCCAGAAGCAGUUAACUAGCUAUUGUUCGCGGUGAUCGAUUGGUGGGUGUGCGGGAAUUGUUGAUCUGGCCAAGGCCGGCUGCGUGUGUUAAACAAUUUGGAGCCAAGGUUGAAGCACAAAUUCUAUUCAAAUUCUACCUGCUCCGGUGCGAGUGCGUUCGAUUAUGCCGGAACAGCAGGAUGGUGGUGGCGGAGCGGCCGAUCCGGGAGCUGAAGGUGCCCCCCUGGUGGCCCCGAAUGGACAGCAGCAACCUGUGGCCCAACAAGGCCAAGCCCAGCAGCCAACUAAAUUGGAAUCGUUUUUUGCCAUCACAAAAUCGCUGAUUCUGCGGGCCCUUGUAAUCUACUUUAUUUCGUCGUUCUUCCGAAGGCCAGCUCCGGAUGCAGCCAGUAAUCAAACGGGAGGGGUCGCGGAGAAAAGUCGAAUUCCGGCUUGGAAUUUGUUUGAAAAUGGAACCAUGUUCGAUUUGUACGUUUACAUUUCGGAUGACCCACAGAUGGUAGAUUUUAAUGAUCCCAGCUCGCUUGUGUGGCUUCAGGAGGAUUUAAUGUAUGGAGAUUGGUACGGUGGACGAGACGGGGACGGAAUGUUUUCCGUGAAUACUCAGCUCAAAGCCUCUGAGCGACUGAUGAACAAUGGAUCGAUAUUCCUGCACACUUAUGUGACCAAAGCUGGCAAAAGUCCUAAUCCGGCAGCAGGAGAAGAUUACGCCGGGAAACAAAUGGGAUAUGCCAGUGCCAUGCUAAGCAAGUACAAAAGAAUCAAAAAAGUAAAAACGCACAAUCUGUUGGCUGGAGAGAAAGAAAAGUUCGAAAAAGAGUUGGACAGCGCUUUGAUACAGGAUCGGAUCUGGUCCCAUUGGCAUCCUAAUCUUACCAUCAAUCUGGUAACGGAUCAUACCAACUGGGUAAGAGGUUCUGUUCCUCCCCCAUUGGAUGAGUAUGUCAAAUUCCUUCCCAGCGGACAAACUUACCUUCCCAUCGUAUUCUACAAUGACUAUUGGAAUAUGAUGCGGGACUAUCAACCAAUUAAUGAAACAACACCUACCUUGGAACUGAAUCUCGUUUAUCAACCGUUGUCUCUCUUCAAAUGGCAACUCUACGCUGCCCAACAAAUGCGCAAUAAAUGGACAAGCAACGUGUUCACGGAAGCCCUCAGUGGUGGUGCAGAAUCGGAUGAAGAUCAAGAUUCUCUCAAGGAAACCCUAUUGGAAACUAAUCCUUAUCUGCUUGGUAUGACUGUUGCUGUGUCCAUUUUACACAGUAUUUUUGAAUUACUUGCCUUUAAAAAUGACAUCCAAUUUUGGAACAACCGUAAGUCUCUUGAGGGUCUCUCCGUGCGAUCCGUCUUUUUCAACGUAUUCCAGUCUCUGAUCGUACUCUUGUAUGUGCUUGACAACGAAACCAACUUCAUGAUUAAAAUCAGUUGCUUCAUCGGUCUCGGUAUCGAAGUAUGGAAAAUUCAAAAGGUUGUCAACAUCAACAUCAAUCGGGAGCAACUGAUCGGAGGUUUCCUUCCUCGAAUCUCCUUCUCGGACAAGGGCUCGUACGUGGAUUCCAGCACCAAACAGUACGACAACUUGGCAUUCAAGUACCUGAGCUGGCUGUGCUUCCCCCUGCUGGUUGCUUACGGCAUCUACUCGGUCAUCUAUCAGGAACACAAGGGCUGGUACAGCUUCGUUCUCAACAUGUUGUACGGCUAUCUGCUCACGUUCGGAUUUAUCAUGAUGACCCCACAGCUGUUCAUCAACUACAAGCUUAAAUCGGUGGCUCAUCUGCCCUGGCGAAUGAUGUCCUACAAGUUCCUGAACACUUUCAUUGAUGACAUUUUUGCUUUCGUGAUCAAGAUGCCAACUAUGUACCGGCUAGGGUGCUUCCGAGAUGAUAUUGUAUUCUUCAUCUUCCUGUACCAGCGCUGGAUCUACAAGGUCGACUCCAAACGCAUCAACGAGUUUGGUUAUUCGGCCGAAAUGCUCGAGGAACACGCAGCCAAAUCGAAGCAAAGCAACGCGAUCGCCGAUUCCGGAUCAGCCGAGAAAGAAAAACAGAAACAGGCUUCCAGUGCCAGUGGAACUUCUUCAGACGAAGCUUCCCGAAGCCAGCCAUCCUCCCCGAAUGCUGGUGGCGGAAAGGCCAAGAAGAGAAAGAACCGCAACAAAUCAUCGCCGAACGCUGCGGCAACUUCCGGCGGCGAGAACAAAAAAGACAACUAAAUAUCAUAGCAAAUGUGCUCGCUGUUUUGUUUUCGUACUUUAUUACUGCUUUUUAAAUUAUUGAAAUUGCGCUAAAUUUCCCUAGAGCAGCUCAAUGUGUCCCGCUUCCCAUGUAGGCAAUAAGUUGCGUAGCAUUUUUCAUAAGAGAAUCAUAGGGCGUUGAAUGAUGAAGCCUAAACAUCUGACUUUUAUGUUAUUAACUUUAUUGUUAAUUUUGGUAAAUCCUUAUAGAAUUGCUUUGAGGCGUUGACAUUUUUUGUUGAAAGUUUCCUUUAGCUUCUGUAACUUAUUUCUUGUUUUCACUCUACCAACUUGAAAUUUUUGAUUUUUUUUUUCAUAACGAAUUUGAACGGUAUUUUUGCAGAAAUACUGAAACUCUUGAUUGUUUCAGAUCAACCGUUUUGUCUGCUUCAUGAUUUAACUGCCCUUAAUCUCUUUCACUCAACAAUCUGUCUGAUAAUUUUAUUCCUUUUGCUUUUUGAGUGUUGCUCAUUGAUGAUGGUCAAGUUAAAGAACAAAAAGAAUACUGUGAAGCGUUAAUAUCAGGAGUAAUAAACAGACAUCGUGCAACUAUCUGAAGAGAAGGUAUUAAACGGUUUGUAUUCGUAGAAGACGAAAGUAUAGGAAAGCAAACAGUGGCCUAUUGUAUACAUUGUUGUAUAAUCUUACCACUUGGGAAACUAGACAGUAGAAGAAAUUGAUUGAUCAUUCUCAUGUCCAAAUAAAUAUCAUAAUCACGAAACAUCAGCCUGUGUCGCAUUUAAGAUUGCUCAUUCAUUUAGGUACAUAAAUUUUGUUUAGGGAAACAAAUUGGCGAAACCCAAGCUAACUUAAAGAAGAACCAAAGUUUUGCUGCUGGAAGACUACGACGAACAAAGGUUGCUAUACCGGGAAAUAAUUAAUCCACUGUCUAGCGAAUAAUGAUAAUAAAUAUAUUGAUGAUAAUAAAAUAAUAUCUUACGUGUAGCGUCAAAAGAACGUGUAGUGUUGUAAAACCAAACCUAAUGGAAAUAAAACAAUAAAUAUUCGAUAUUGGAAAAAAA